CUGCCAUAUAUUUCUCUGUGUGUUAUUAAAGGUAGCCUCCUUGUCUGAGUUAUUUCCGUUCAUAAGGUGAACAUACAAUGUAUGGGGCAUAUUUGUGCUUCUCAUCAAUGCUUUUGUAGCCCAUGUGUUAUUUUUUCUUUUCAUUUCAUUCAUACAAAUAUACGUACAAUGUGCAUUGAACCAUUGAUUCUGAAGGUGAGAAACAGAAUAUGUUUAAUGCAAUAGUAGAUGUGCUUGAAGAUGAUCUUAAUAGCACAAUAAUCUGUUUUCUUGAUCCCAUUGAUUAUCCUUGCAUAGUACAAGCAGUGCAGUGAUGCACGUCACAUCCCAUAACUCAUUCAAGGAUUGCCCUUCUUUGAACUUGGCCAUGCAAAGAAAUGCAUGGGUGUAUUGGCAACUAUCCAGAUGGUUUUGAUGAGUUUUAAUUUUGAAGCAUAUUUAAAGGGAAAGUACACCUUUAAAGUUGACAAUGUAGAAAGUGAGACAGAUGAGUUUACUACUAAUAAGGAAAUGGUUCUAAUCUUUUCUGGCAAGUGGAGUACAUAGCAGACCGUGGCAUGUAGAGUUUUUGAAAAAUGGACAAAGAUUGCCAUUUCUUCAGGGAUUACAUGUAAAUGCUCAGCAGAUCUUGCAACUUAGGCUACAUUGUUGAUUUAGAUACAUCUGUAAUGAUUCAGACAUCACAAAAGACAAAGAGACUAGUCAAGAAGGAAAAGGAAAAUAAAAUCUGAAAUUACUAGCGGUCAUCAUGGCUUCUAGACCAUCGGGGUUAAAAGCGCCAUCUAAGAUUGCCAAACCAUCAGGUGGCAUUCCUCGUCCAGGCUCUCUUCAAACAUCUGUUAAAGUCGAAGCUGGUGGCGCCCAUGCAAGUCGAAUCAGAGAUGCAGUGGCCACUUCAGCCCGAGCAGCCGGUAUGCGACCAUCGGAGGCUAAUCAACAUGCGGACAAAACUGUACGAACUGUGAACAAUGGGGGCGCUGCAAAGCAUUCUGAUGACUUCAUCAUAGGAGAUCGGGUUAUUGUCGGGGGCAACAAACAUGGCCAUGUCCAAUUCCUGGGUGAGACACAAUUUGCCAGUGGAGAGUGGGCUGGUGUUGUCUUGGAUGAUGCCAUAGGAAAGAAUGAUGGCUCAGUCAAUGGCAUCAGAUACUUUCAGUGUGAACCUAAGAAAGGAGUGUUUGCAAGACCGGACAAACUGGUGCGAGAGUCAGCUGGUCAUGUGGACAGUAAGUCGGCUGUGGGGGGUAUUGCAAGGCAUGUGCCAUCCACGCCACGGAUGGGAACAAGAGUGUCAUCACCUAGGAGUUCCAUGUCAAAGCCACCAGGUUCCAAACCAGGUCUUAUGAUAGAUGACAAACAGGAUCCUGCAGGUCUCAAGGUUGGAGACAGAGUUCUUGUGAGUGGAAGCAAGUUGGGUACCCUGAGGUUCACCGGUACUACAGAGUUUGCUAAAGGAGAAUGGGCUGGAGUGGAGCUGGAUGAGGAACAGGGUAAAAAUGAUGGUGCCGUGGCAGGAACAAGGUACUUCCAGUGCAAACCCAAGCAUGGUCUCUUUGCCCCUGUGCACAAGGUAUCCAAGGUCAGGGGUAAGAAUGCAUCCAGACUCUCCUCUAGUGAUGGUCUCCAACAGGGGAAACUCAGCACAAGCUCCAGCUCUCUCAGCUCCAUGGGAUCCUCCAAUGCCUCCAGCAUCUCUAGGGGGAUGGCCCUGAGCUCUGGUGACCUGGGCUCAUCACCAAGGGGGUCAGUAGACUCCAAGAAGACUCAGCUCCGACGACCAAGUGAAAGUCGUAUACCCUCUUCCUCGAAAUCGAGGAAAGAGCAAAACGCCAGCAGCACGGCCCAGCCUUCCACAAAUGGCACCCGCCGGCAAUCUGACUCGGGGUCCGAUUCUUCCUCGACCGGUGUGGUUGAACCCAUCGCCAAAGUUGAGACUUCAGAGUCUUAUUCCUCCUUACCCGAAUCUGAAUCACAGUUGAUAGAGCAUGAGUUAGCCAUCCUGAGGGCUCAGCAUCAACAGUAUGUUCGAGAGAGUGAGGAGUCAGUGGAGAGUUUGAAGGAGCUAGUGGAGUCUGGAGACAGGGAGAAGGUGGAGCUUAUGCAAAGACUUGAGGAGACACAAAGACAAGUUGAUGAUCUUCAAUUCAGGAUAGCAGAAGCUACAAUAACAUCAUCAGAUCUUCAGGAGGAACAUGAGUCAGAAUCCCAGAAGUUAAAGGAGCUUUCUUCCCAACUAGCAGCUGAGUGUAAGAAAACAAGCUCAUUGGAAGCAGACAUCUUAGAUUUCAAGAGUCAGAAUGAAGAGAAGGAGUUCAAGAUCGCCGAGCUGGAGAUGGAGGCCUCCACCUAUACAGAACAGAUGGAAGAGCUCCAGAAACAGCUUGAGGAGACCAGGCUCCACAUGGGAGAGCUGGAGACAAGGACCAAGGAAGGGGAAAGGACUGGAGAGGAGGCAGAGCAGUUCAGGAGGAGGGUAGCAGAGCUCGAUGUGGAGCUGGAAUCAGUCAGAGGGAGCAAGGAGGAGCUGGAGAAGAAAGUUAGAGUCUUGGAUGGUAAUUUGAAGACAGAGAUUGAUCUGAGGCAAGAAAGGGAUAAUGAAAUAGCAGAACUAAGCAAGAAAUUAUCAGAAGAAGAGUCUGCUCGAACCAAGCUUGCUUUCGAUGUUCAGGGAUUAAAGAAUGCCUUAUCCGACUUUGAAAGAAAGUGUCAAGCAAGCGAGGAGCGAUGUAAUCAACUGGUGGAGGACAAGAAGAAACUUGAAAAUGAUAUUGCAGAAUUAAUGAGAAACUCGGGCAACAGUUCAGAGCAGCUAGUUUUGCUGAAUGAACAAAUACGAACAAAAGAUAGGAGGAUAGAGGAACUCCAGUCAAGUCUUUCCAGUGCCAACCAAAACGUGUCUCGGCUCGAUGCCCUCCUCAGCCAAACCAGGCAAGAGGCUGAUGAGGAGGCUAGGCGGGUGGCUCAACAACACCAACAAGAACUACAGAAAUACAGACAGCAGAUGAACAGUCUGCAAGCUGAGCUGGAAACAAGCCAGUCCGAGACAAGAAGCAUCCGUGAUGAGCUGCAAGGAGAGAUGGAGGCAACCAAGGUUAGACUUGAGUCUGAGCUCGAGACUAUGAGAAAGGAGAAGGUUGACCUUGAGAGUGAGAAGGUCAAGCUUGAUGCUUCUGCUCAGGAGACUGAAGGUCGUCUCAAGGAUACAGAAGAGAAGUUGCAGACUUAUGAGGAGGGUAAUGCCAACCUUGAAGACAGCCUGAAGAAGACAACGGAAGAGAGAGAUCGUCUACGAGAGGAGCGGGACCAGGCCCUUGCAGAUAAACAGCAGCUAAUCUCAGACAAGGCUGAACUUGGACUAAGACAGGAUGAGGCAGACCUGAAGCAGAGGCAGGUCCAGGACCAGUUGGAUAGAGAGUCUCAGGCUAAGAUCGAAGCCAUCAAGACAGCAGAAGAAGCCAAAGCCAACGUAGAGCGAGUUACCUUAGAGCGGGACAGUGCCCUCAGGGAACGGACAGAAGCCUUAGCCCAAGCCCAGGAGCGCCAGAUGAAGCUAGAGACCAAAGCCCAGGAAGCUGAGACCCUUCGCAAGGAGCGCUCCGAUGCCCAGACUCAAGUGCAGGAGCAGCUUACCAAGCUGGAGACCAUGCAGAAGGAGCUGGAAGAGCUCCAGAAGGAACGGACGGCCUCAGGAAGUCGGGUGCAGACACUGGAGGGGGAUCUGGAUCAGUUGCGCAGGGAGCGGACAGAGCUGGUGGCCCAGGCCCAGGAGUGCACCAUCAAGGUGGAGACCAGGGAGAAGGAGCUGGAGGGAUUGAAGAAGGAGCUUGAAAGGCAGAGAGAAAAGGAAGAGCUGCUGGCCAAAUCAUCCAAGGAAGGGGAACAGAAUAUGACACAACUGCAAACACAAUUAAUUGAGAGAGGUCAGGAUCUAGAAGCCUCCAAGAGUUUAGUAUCUGAGCUAGAAAACAAGUCUUCCACAUUACAAGCCCAGCUUGAAGAACUCAAACAGCAGUCUGAUCAGAAGCUACAACAGGUGGAAAAAAGUUUGUCUGAAGCAAGGGCUUCACUGGAAAUGGUCUCAAAGGAGAAGGAAGCCCUAUCAGGGGAUCAGUUAUCACUUGGGAGUCAUCUCCAACAGAGGGACCAGGAAUGCUCCAGGUUAAGAAAUGAAAUCAAGACUCUGAAUGAGAAAAUUGACACUUAUCAAUACCAAAUAACAACUAUUAAAUCGUCCAUGUCAGAUGAGAAAACCUUGUUUGAGAAUGAAAGAACUAGACUGAGUGAACAGGUUACUGAGAAGGAAACAGAAAGUGUGCAUCUCCAAGAAGAAGUGUCCAGUCUGAAGGAGCAGGUGUCCACCUACGAGGCCAAGCUUGAUGAACUGGACUCUCUAAGGAAGGAGAAGGCUGAGGUUGAGGAAGAGAGGACAAGGUUUGCAGAUCGGUUCCAGGAGAAGGAGAAGGAUACAGAGCGGCUCCUGGGGGAGGUAGGGAGCUUGAAGCAGCAGGUGGAGAGCUAUCAGACUCAGCUCAAUCUAGCCAAGCAAGCAUCCUCAGAAGGAGAGAACAAUGUAGGAGCUUUACAAGCUGAACUGGCUGAAGCAAGGCAUAGGCUCAAGAUGGAACAGGAAAAAGUGAACAAGCUAGAGACAGAUAUGAGCAACACACAGCAAGAUAUCAAUGCAUUGCAGAUGGCCAGCAAAGAGAAAGAAAUGAUGGAGCAGAAGAAUUUAGACCUUACAAAUGAACUCCAAACGGUGAAGGCUGAUUUUGAAUUGAGGAUAGUAGACAUUGAGUCGGAGAAGGAAUCACUCCAGACCACCUUGGAUAUCACCAACUCAAUAGUGGCUCAGAACAAAAAUGAACUAGACAAGUGCAAACAGGAGAUUGCCCAAUACCAGGGUGAAAGUGCCUUGGCUAGCAGCUAUAAAUCUACCAUCGGUGAGCUUGAGAAAGAUAAAGCUAGUCUUCAACAACAAGUGAGCGAUCUUCAGUCUGCCUUGGUUUCCUCACAGAGCACACCAUCCACACACAUAGAUGUUGAUAUGGAUGGAGAUCCAGCAGUAGCCAAGCUUCAAGAAGAGAAGGAGAUGGCAGAAGGACAGGUAACAUUCCUAAACUCAGUUAUUGUGGACCUCCAGCGCAAGAAUGAUGAACUACGUGCCAAACUCGAAGCCAUGGAGACGAGCUACAUGAAUGGAGAUCACGAAGAUAUAGGAUUUGAUGUAGACAUGGACUCCAGCACCCACGGCCCGCCUCCUCGACUCUUCUGUGAUAUCUGCGAUGUCUUUGACUUGCACGAGACUGAAGACUGCCCUCUUCAGGCUAGUUCAGACAGUCCGCCAGCCAGCCAGUAUCAUGGCAGUCGCAGUGAAGUGAGGCCGUACUGCGACAUUUGCGAAGUUUUCGGCCAUUGGACAGAGAACUGCGAUGACGAGCAGACAUACUAGGGCUCUCAGUGGAUCAUCUGGAUGGCAAAGAACUCAUUCUAACCCUUGAUCAGUACUUUCCUUUUCAUGUCUGCUGGAACAUGGAGAACAGUGGUGAAUUCUUGUCCUGGAGUUGGCACUAUGGCAUGCGUCCUCAGGCAGUGGGUCUGAGAUGCUUCUCAUAUCAUCGUCAUCAUAUGACAAAUUCAAGUGGAGGUUGCUGUCUAAUAUCAAGAGAUGGUGUUCAGCGAUGGAUGUGCAUAAAGUUGAUUCCUCUCAAUAUGAAUGGUUAUGUCGGGUUGCAUCAUGUAAGAAAAGACAAACCAGCAUCGCCUUGCUCAGGUCUUAGCCAUGAAUUACUGGUGGAUCUUGUGGCAGUGUGUGGUGUCAGCUAUACUUUUGAACAUACUUGCUAUGGAGAACUUAAUAAGCGCACUUGCAUAGGGUAAUGUCUUAGAUAGUAAGGGAGUGUGUCCAUUAGAGGUUUGAAUAUGCAGAGAGGUAUUGUAGAAAGCAUUUGGUAUUGAUCUGUCUCACAUUGUAAUGCCUGGGAGUUAGCAGCUCUGUAAUAUGCUUAAAUGUGUUGGGAUCUUACUAAAUGGAGGCAUUCUGAAGUAAAGAAAAUAUACCUUUUUAUUUAAAAUAUAACAAAAGAAACCUGCUGUUCGUAUAAUACAAGGACUUAAGCUGUCAUUGGUUCCUCUUUUUCGUAUUGCAUAGAGAAUACUGGACAUACACAGGCACAUUUUUGUACAGGUUUCCUUGUAUUUUCUUUGAGAAAAAUGAGCCGUGUUUCCUUAGUGCGAGCUGUCUGCAGUCACUUGCAUAUGAUAUAGAUGAGCUCGUGGUGUAAAGAAUAUGGUUUGUUAGAAAAUUAGCAGUGUCCAGUUGAUAUUGAAUUGUCCUGGAAAAUGGAGGAAGUUAAUAAGGAGGAUGCGUUAGAGUUCUAGGACUGACAUUAAAGUCUAGGUCCUGAAGUGGUUUAUGAUUUGCCAAAUUAGACCUUGGUCCAUCGUUGAACCUCUAAAAGAAUUACUGUGAAUGAAUAAAAUCAACAGCCCCAUAUUUAACGUGAUGCAUCAUGAGAAAAGUUAUGAAGAGAAAUUUAAUUUUCAUGUCAUUAUUUUCCAUAAGAAACAAGGAAGCUUUCAAAGCAGUUUUGGAAGGAAAAGUUUUGAAAGGGAAUCCAAGGUAAACAAAGUCAGAAAAUAAAUCAAAUAUUUGCUGACUUAUUAUAAGGAAGCAUCUGAUGAGGAUCAUUUUAUUCCAAAUGUGAUCUAGCUUUACCAUUGACCUGCUUUAGUGCAAGCAAAAUAUGCCUGGUUUGGCAAGCAUUGGGGAUGCUGCCAUGAGGUCUAAUAGGAAAAUACAUACCAUGAUCAGUUGACUUUCAAUUCUCAAACAUGCCUAAUAUCACCAUAUCUGUUACAGGAUAUUGCUCCUUUGAAAGCUUUUCAACAGAUAAAUGGCCGUGCAAAUGCUGUAAAUCAUCCUUAUCUCAUUAUUUAAAAUGUUUAUCCAAGAUUUACAAUGUAAUUGUGACUAGAAUGCUUCAUACUAUUUUACCAAAAAUCUUUUUUGGCCUUUUAUGUACAAUGAAACUUGUAUACUGAGAAUAUUGAGAUUUUGAAGCACUUUUGUUGCUCAACCGUCCUCUUUUGUAUAUAAAAAGCAUGAUGCUGUAAGUUAAUCAGUAUUAGAAGCUACUGUUGGUGGCAUUAUGUGGUAUUGAGGAAAUAUCACAAGACUUUUAUGCACCUCUUUGCAAUAAUUAUCUCCACAUAGUCCAAGAGACUGUGUAGAUAUUGUAUGUUAACUUUAUUUAUGAACUUUUUUGUAUUUUAAUCCAAGACCUUGAAAAUAAAAAUGCUUGCUUACAGAAGAAAGCUUUCUACUAGGAGUAUACAUGUACCUCUAGAAAUUACAAGUAGGUGUGUGCCCUCAUACCCAUACUUGUUUAACUGGUCAAUAAAUAUCUUUGGGAUUUCAAAUCGGUCUGUUGUGUUAUAUCAUGGAGAAACAUUGAUUGCUGUGAGGGUUAUAUUCCAGAAAUAGCAAUUGGUUUUACCUGUAUGGCUCUGUGCGAUAUGCAUUUAAUGACACGUGUUUCCAUUUUUGUAUGUUGGGAAUACUCCCCAUUGGCAUUUUCAUAAAGCUUUACUUAAAUUUGGCUAACUUACAAACUGAUCUCAAGAAGUUUGAGUAAGAAUUUUUUUAAAUUUGCCCUCUAAUGGAUAGAAAGUGUUGUGUUGGACAAGAAAAAUCCACAAACACUUCAUAAAAAGAAAUAGUGUGUCAGUACUUGAGCUAGUAUUGCCUUAUCCAGUACUCAAAGACUCCCUUUUGAAAGCUAACAAUGCUCUCUUUAUAAAUUUGGCAUUGUUAUGUGAAUGUGUUUAAAUCCCUUCAAAAAUUUCAUUUAUUUAGAGAUUUUUUUUGAAAAAUUCUAUGAGCUUUGCAUAUCAUGUGAUUGAUCAUGUGUUUCAUCAUGUUUCUCAUUAUUGCUUGUUUCCAUGCUUGCUGUGUUUUCAUCAUUAUUCAUGCUUGAAUUUUGUUUGUACUUGUUUGUAGUAUUGUAUGCACCUCUAUCUGUGAAAAUAUUUUCUUAUUGAAAUUAUCCAAAGUUACAUCGAAUGAGUGUAAUGUCUAUUCUUUAUGUUUUUAGUUAAAAUCUUGAAAUUGAAAUGAAAUAUUAUUAUUAAAGAGAUAUAAUUCUAAAUAUACAUUUGUAUCAAGUUGUAAAUAUAGUGUUUACAAAAUUGUAAAAUUAUUUAUAGCACAGAUUAUGUAGAUGCAAAAUUUGUGUAUGGGAUGACCGAGAUAUUUUUAUGUGAAUAUGGGUUUUGUUUCUCUUCUUUACGCUUAACAGUCUCUCAAACUGUGUAGUAUGAUUACUAAAGCAAUCAAGUUGUUUUGACCACAAUUUGGUGUUUUCUUGUCUCUGUGUACAUUGUUGUAGAGGUAUGGUAUAUUGUAGAAGGAAAAAAAAAAGAAAGUCUCAACUAUGGAAAGCGACGGGUUUCGUACUUCAUCUGGGAGAUACAGUUGCUUUCUAAUUUGUUCAACAAUUUGUAUGUUUUGACCAAUGAAACCUUAUUUUUAAUGUUUUAGUGCUAAAACGUUAAAAACGAGAGGUUUCAUUGGUCAAAACAUACAAAUUCUUCACCGUUUUGUUUUGAGUUAGAAGUCAGAAAUAUAAGUGUUGAGUCAGAAACUCUCACAACAAAAUACUAAUACAUGUGGGUAUCCAGUUUUAGAGUAUAUUUUGAGUGAACAACUGAACAUAGAUGCAUUCUAAAUAAUUGUGUCACUGGCUUUCCGUAGUUGAGUGUCAUGGGAUCAAUCACAAGUCUUUGUGUUACCAGGUCCCACUGAGUGUCAAGGCCUUGUACAAGCACUGUCUGUAUCUCUGGUAGGGUGUAAAAACAAAGCCCAGAAAACAAGUGUUUUUAAAUAUCACUAACAUUGGCUUACAAAAAAUAAAUCCCAAGUGUAUUUACAUUGUUCUUUCCGUCAUAAUCUUGGAGUGUUAUGCUACAAUAUACUUCUGUAAGGUCAUUCAGUCAUAGAUAAUGUGAAAAUGGUGUAAUUAAAAAAAUCUUGUUCCUAACUUCUAAUACUCACUUAUCGAAUUGAAUAUAUUUUCUAGUAUAUCAUGAUGAAAUCAAAAUCUUUACAAAGUUACUAAAUCACUUUACUAACAAGCUUCUUUAUGUUGUUUACUGUAUUUUAUAGGAAUGUUCAAUUCUUACUAGGCAAAUGGAAUUUGAUAAAUCAGUCACACAUAACACUUUUCCAAAUUACUCCCAAAUGUCCAAGAUCUUCUUUAAUGAAUGGUCGUCAAAUAUUGACGAUGAGUAGAUGAUAUGCUCUCCUGUCAAUUUGCAUUAAUCAUUUGUUACUCUGGCUUAAAAAUUACUGUCAGAAUAGUUAAUAAUCCCAUACUUGAUUUGUUUGUUUUCAAUGGGUUCAAGAGAGAAAGUUCUAUUAUUUCAUAAUGCCUCACUUAUGUUGUUUUUGUCAUAGUUUUUCUAGGACAUUUCUUUGUCUGAUAUAUCUCAUGGAAUAAAAAAGUGUGCCUAUACUUUAUAUGAUAUACCAAAACUAACUCAUAAUUAUUAUGCUUUGAAAUCUGCUAUUUAUUUUGUUUUCAUGCUCAAUUUUUCUUGAAUUGCUUUGAACAAGGUUCUUGUUAAUUGAGUUUUCAUUUAUUAAAACAAUUUAUAAGUGCUUUUCACAACAUAAAGGAAAGGCCAAGUUUCAGAUAAGAUCAUUAUUUUGCAGUUUUGUAAUUCUCUUUAUGAUGUACAUGUAUGAUUGAAGAAUAUCAUGUAAAAGGAAAGAACACAGCUUUCAUCAUUUCAUGAAUUACAAAAGCUUGUUUCUUGUUUUAUAAUCAAUCAAUGAGAAUCGCAAGUUUUUGUUUAAUAAUUUUGUUUCUCCAUGGAUUUUCUUUUCCGCGAUAUGAUGUGUGAUUUUCCAUCACAGUACACUAUCAGGUACAAUGGUUUCAAAAUAUCUGUAUUCUCCAAGUUUCUUGUCAUCUUUAACUGAUUCUUCCACUUUAAGAUAUAAAAAUUGUUGUUAUUCAUUUGUUUCAUUUGAUUGUUAAGUAGUUUUUUUAAGUGUUUGUAUCAGUUUUAUUGGAAAAGUACAAGAACAUGUACCCAGAUGUUAUUUACAUGUAUAAUCUCAUGGCUUGCCAAAUAGUAAGAUGCCUUUGACGUUUUCAACACUUUUUUUUCACUGUGUGUAAGUAUGAUAAAUACAAUGCAGGCAUUCCAGCCUAUAUAAUGCUAGUAUUUACAUACAUGUUUGGUGUCUU